UAACAUAUCUAAUUUUCUAUUUAAUUUCAUUCGUUUCAAACUAUUUUACCAGUGGAUUUUUACCUCGUAGGUAAUAAAACAUAAGCCGCUUUAUUACAGCCCGUAAUUUUACAUCACGAUGUCCGGGAAGAUCAAGAGCAGGAGUGCUGCUAAUGCCGACUCAGUAUCUGGCAGCGUGUCCUGCGGCGAGCGCAUCUUACGGGACUGCCACCAGAUCUACAUUGAUCCGGAAAGCGGUCUAAUAACAAUCGCUCAGACUGUUGGGGUGAGCUUGCUGCCUCCCCGGAAAAAGAUAACUGUGAUGUUGAUGGGGAACCACUCCGCUGGAAAGAGCAGCUUUAUCAAUUGGUAUGUGGAGGAGCAUAUCCAGAGAACAGGGGUCGCUAUAGAGACACAGGGCUUCAGCUUUGUUACAAGCGGGCGAAAGAGGGAAUCGCUCACGGGAAAUGCAACGCUCCAUCUCUAUCCCCAUUUCAAACCACUGCAAGAGUUUAAAGGGCUGUCAGAAUACCUCGGCACUGAGAUUUGUACUUCACGACAGAAACUUUUCAGCUUGGUGACCUUUGUUGACACUCCUGGUCUGGUGGACGGGGAUAUGAAGUACCCCUUUGAUGUGGACCAAGCUAUUCUGUGGCUUGGUGAGCUCUGUGAUCUGAUCCUGGUCUUCUUUGACCCAAUGGGACAGGCUUUAUGCAAGCGCACACUCAACAUUGUAGAGAAACUGAAUGAGAAGCAAGGGGACCGUCUCCGUUUUUAUCUCAGUAAAGCGGAUGAGGCUGGAGGAGAGUCUGAUCGACAAAGAGUUAUGAUGCAGAUUGUGCAGGAGCUUUGCAAGCGUCCAGGACUCAACAAGUGUGGCUUCGACAUGCCCACCAUCUAUGUUCCCAACCCUAAUAAGCCCAGUCGAUGUGUCAAUCAGAUUGAGGAAGUGUGUCGGACGAUAGAGAAGACCAUUAACCAGACUGUGCAGAACACACUUAACUCACUGGAGAAGGACUGCAACCUCAUCACCGAGGCCAUCACUGAGACGCUUCAUAAUGACAGGCAGUGCAGUAUAGAGAACCGUCGAUCACGUUUCAAGGGCUGUUUGUUGGGCAUGCUGGGUUUCACUGUGCCCCUGCUGCUGCUCGUCACCCUGGUGCUUGGCAGCCUCUCCAAAGAUGUGCUGGUGCUCUUGCUGGGUGAUAGUGGCAUCGAGGCACUCACACUAUAUGUGGUUCCUGCUGUGAAGGCGUUUGAAUCCUUGUCAGCGGAGGUGCAGCUGUAUAGUUGUGCUGCACUGGUGCUGUUGUCCUUUGUCUUUAUCCUCCUUGCUCGCUUUUCUUUCAGGACCAAACCAACACUCUCUGGGAAACAAAAGAGACAGCUUCAACAAAAACUGGAGUAUGUCCAGGAGGUAGUGAAGACCAAAAAGAAAAAUCUCUAUGAGGAGUACCUGCGUCAGAGUGUGGGUGAUCAGGACAUGAACUGAGAGGGAAUAUAGACUUCAAAUAUCCGGACAGGAUGAAUACAGCACCCAGAAGUACCACUAAACUGCAUCUCAUCAUUCCUGUAAUGUAGCAGACACAGAGAAGCCAUUUCAUUGGCACUUAGUUACACAAUACUGCUUCUGUAAGCUGUAUUUCAGCACUAAACGAUGAUGGAGCUGUGGACCAAUACUGUGUUUGUUUUAUUAUUAUUAUUUUUAGUAUCAGUGCAGUAUAACAAUAGUACUGUAAAUGUCAAUUGAAGGGCCACAUGAUGAGAUUUGAUUAAUGCUCUGAAAUAUCCUAUUGUUGGCCAAUAGCAGGUUUUAAAUCAUCCACCUUUUCUCUGUUGUGUACCCAAAAUACUCUGUAUUGUAUGGUAAAUUACCAGAAUCACUGAGGAAUGAGUAGCCCUUCAUUUGACAUUAGAUUCUAAAGACUUCUGGUGUCUAUUUACAUAGUAGUCAGUUUUAAUAGAAAUAUUGAAGCUGGCUUUUGUAUACCACUGUUACAUUUUUAUGUCAAGUUAUUGCUGUUAUGAUAAUAAACAUGUGUAUAGCUAUUGCUAAACUGGCAAA